GUGAAAUCGGGGAACUCCCUUUCCUUCUUUUUUUUAUUCGUUUCUCCGAACUACUUUAACCUUGUAAUGCCACCCUCUUUCAAACCGCCGUAUGCUGUGAAGUCGACUGACCCCGGUGCAGUUGCUAAGGAAGGCGAAACACUGCCUAUGCGUCACUUUAAGUUUGCUGACAAGCUGCUUGACCACCCUCCCAACGUUUACACAAUGUGGGAUUUGUAUUUACAUGGCAACAAAAUCGGUGGAGAUACGCCGUUUUUGGGUACACGCAAAAUGAAUAAUGGUGUUGCUGGCGAAUAUGUCUGGCGAAGCCAUCGCGAGGUUCGCAAGAGUAUCGAGGAUUAUGGCCGAGGAUUAGUGAGCCUCGGUUUGGGACGUCAAAAGUCUAUUGGUAUCUACAGCGUCAACCGACCUGAAUGGACCAUGACCGAACAAGCCUGUUAUAGACAAGGCUUCAUCAUCGUUGCUUUGUACGAUACAUUGGGUGCUGAGGCUAUCGACUAUAUUGUCAAUCAGACCGACAUGGAGUUCAUUAUCGCUAGUGCCGACAAACUCUCCAACAUUACCCGUUUGAAAGAAAGCUUGCCAUCGAUCAAGACUGUCAUCGUCAUGGACGGCGACAAUCUCAAGAAGGCGGAUAAGGAAGCUGCUACGGAUGCUGGAUUGGCCGUGCAUACCUUUCAGGAAGUUGAAAAGAUGGGCGAAUCUGUCGAGGAAGAGACUGAAAUGCCCAAGCCCGAGGAUAUUGCUACCAUCUGCUAUACUAGUGGUACCACUGGCGUGCCCAAGGGCGCUGUAAUUACUCAGGCAAACUGCGUGGCUUCAGUCUAUGGUGCAGCUGCUGUUGGUGAUGUUGGCUCGUUCGCAUCCGUUGAUCAUACCGAUGUCUACAUUUCGUAUCUUCCUCUUGCUCACGUGUUUGAACGCGUGGCUCAAGGUUUACAUGUCUACCGUGGCGCGGCUAUUGGCUACUAUCAGGGUGACACUGCCAAGUUACUCGAUGAUAUCACCGUAUUAAAGCCUACCGUAUUCUGCUCAGUACCUCGUUUGUUCAACCGUAUCUACGACAAGGUUCUUGCUGGCGUCAAGGCCAAGGGUGGCUUGAGCAGCUUCUUGUUCCACCGAGCAUUCAAUGCGAAGAAGGCCAACCUUGAGAAUACGGUUCAUCACUGGCUUUGGGAUCGCCUUGUUUUUGGCCAAAUCCGACAAAAGUUGGGCGGCCGUCUCCGCUUCAUUCUGAGUGGUUCCGCACCCGUUUCGCCGGACGUAAUGGACUUUAUGCGCAUUUGCUUCUCGGCCCGAGUGUUUGAAGGCUAUGGUCAAACCGAGAACAUGUGCGGCGGUUGCUUGACAAUCGAAGACGAUAACACAUCUGGUGUUGUCGGCGCACCUUUCCCUUGCUCCGAAAUCAAGCUUGUUGAUGUUCCUGAUAUGGAAUAUCGAUCCACUGACAAGCCUUACCCCCGUGGUGAAAUCUGUAUCCGUGGUUACUCUAUCAUGCGCGAAUACUACAAGGUUCCCGAAAAAACCGCCGAGGCUAUCGAUGAAGAUGGAUGGUUGCACACGGGUGACAUUGGUAUGUUUGACUCUGCCAACCGUGUGAUGAUCAUCGAUCGUUUGAAGAACAUCUUUAAGUUAUCGCAGGGUGAAUAUAUUGCACCCGAAAAGAUUGAAGGUGUCUACCAAAAGCACGAGCUUGUUGCGCAAGCAUUUGUAUAUGGUGACUCCAAGCAAUCAUCCCUUGUCGGUGUCAUUGUUCCCGAUAACGACGCCUAUGUCCCCUGGCUCAAGAGCAACUUCCCUAAGGUGUCCAAGGAACAGAGCUAUGAUUCGCCCGAGGUGAAGAAGGAAUUGCUGAAAGUAUUGAAUGCUUACGGCAAGGAGAGCGACUUGAAGGGCUUUGAGCAGAUUCGAGCUAUCCAUUUGACCGGUGAAGAAUUCACCGUUGAAAACGACUUAUUGACGCCUACAUUCAAGCUCAAGCGUGAGAUCGCACGCAAGGUAUACAACUCUCAGAUCGACGAGUUGUAUGCUGUCUUGUCCAAUGGUAGAAACUUCAACUAAAGCCGGUAUCCUCGCUCCAUGAAAUUUAUUUUAAAAAGUUAUACUCGCUCUUCUCCCCACCCUUGCACUAACACUUUCCCCUCAUAUAUACGUUUUAUUAUAUACACAUGCAUAACAUAUCGUUUCUCGUUCUUUUCUAUUCCUUUUGUGUGAUGGAAUUCAUUUUUCAAUUUAAAGAAAAAAUAAGAGUUUAUUCCAAUUUUUUGACGUAAUUUCAGUCUAGAUGUACAAUUUUUGGGGCAACCAUACAUCGGUGCCAAUCAUUUCAUAACAAACUCAUGUACUUGUGGUAAUGAUGAUGUCAGAGUUACUUUGUGAAAUAAACUUUAAUAUUCACCAAGCG